AAAGUAAAAGCUCUAAGGACCAAGACAAAUACUUAUAUUAAGACCCCUGUUCGUGGAGAAGAACCCAUCUUUGUUGUCACUGGACGAAAAGAGGAUGUAGCCAUGGCCAAAAGGGAAAUUCUCUCAGCUGCUGAACACUUCUCCAUGAUCAGAGCAUCACGCAACAAGAACAAUCCUGCCCUGGAAGGCUUGCUAUGUGCCCCCAACCUGCCAGGUCAGACAACAGUCCAAGUCAGGGUGCCUUACCGUGUAGUUGGGCUAGUGGUUGGACCUAAAGGAGCUACAAUCAAAAGAAUUCAGCAGCAGACUCAUACCUACAUAGUCACUCCCAGCAGAGACAAGGAGCCUGUCUUUGAAGUGACAGGAAUGCCUGAAAAUGUUGACCGUGCGCGUGAGGAGAUAGAGAUGCAUAUAGCCAUGCGUACUGGGAACUACAUAGAGCUGAACGAAGAGAAUGAUUUCCAUUACAAUGGUAUGGAUGUGAGCUUUGAAGGAGGCACUUUUGGAUCUGCAUGGCUUGCUUCUAAUCCUGUUUCUCUUAGCUGCAUCAGAAUGGCUUCUAAUUAUAGAAAUGAUAGCUCCAGCUCCUUGGGAAGUGGCUCCACAGAUUGCUAUUUUGGAAGCAAUAGAUUGGCUGACUUCAGCCCAGGCAACUCCUGGUUUGGAGAAACACUGCCUUCAGUGGGCACGGAAGACCUCAUGGUUGACUCUGCCACAUAUGACUCCUUUCCAAUGCCUUCCCAAAACAUUUGGACUCCUUUUGAACCUGUAAACUCUCCCUCCAGCUUUGAUAGUGACCCAGCUAGUAAUGUCAAGCCUUGGUGCCGAGGGAGCCAACCACCUACUCCUUGUCUGUCACCCACAUUUCUGGAAAGUCUGGAUCACCCACUGGCUGGUAGAGUGAGGAGUGACCCACCUAGCACUGGCCACCAAGCUGGCCUUCCCAUAUACAUCCCUACCUUCUCCAAUGGUACCAACAGCUAUUCCUCUUCUAACGGUGGCUCCACCUCUAGCUCACCCCCUGAGUUGAGACGGAAGCAAGACUGCAUGAUCUGCUUCGAGAGCGAAGUCAUUGCAGCUCUCGUCCCCUGUGGCCACAAUCUCUUCUGCAUGGUGUGUGCCAACAAAAUCUGUGAAAAGGAAAUGCCAUUAUGUCCUGUUUGUCAGACAACAGUUACUCAGGCAAUCCAAAUUCACUCUUAA